AGAAACGAUUUCAGCCAACUGAAUUUAGCCUCUCCGGCUGCAUCUUCUUUGUGGCACCAGAUUUAGGAAGGCUCUUGGUUCUAAACACCUCUAACCAGCAAGCGGCACCGGAAGAGCUAAUUUUGCUGAAAGGGAAAUCUGGCGUGUAGGACCACAACACAAGGAUUAUUCCUUCCUUUGACCAGUCAGCUGAGAUUCUUGUAGGUGUCUUCCACCUGCAGAUGAGAAUAGGACAUCUUAGGAGACAUCGUUAACACUGCAAUGCUCAACACACACAAAACUGUGUGGGUUUUUGACCUUGGCUUCCCCAUGGGUAGACAUCUCAUUGCUCUAGUGUUGGCCUCCUGCCUGAUCUUGGGUGUCUCCAGCCAGACGGCCAACAGCUUCAAAGACAGCACCAUAUCUUUGGAGAUUCUGGGAGAAGAUCCAACUUUCAAAAUUAUCCAAGCAGGUGUCUUCCCAGAUCAUAAAGUCCCUUCCAACAAAUCAAAGGCUUUUUCUGGACGUGCCAUCCCACAAGCUCCUCUACCAGUCAUGUGUUCGAAGCGAACAGAAAUCCGGGAAGCCUUCAAGUACAUCAACACAUUUGUCUCUUGUACUAUCUUCAUAGUGGGUAUCAUUGGAAAUUCCACCCUGCUAAGGAUCAUCUAUAAGAAUAAGUGCAUGAGAAAUGGGCCCAAUGUCCUCAUUGCCAGCCUUGCUCUUGGAGACCUCUUCUACAUCCUCAUUGCUUUGCCCGUAAAUGUCUAUAAGCUUCUUGCAGAAGAUUGGCCUUUCGGGCAUUGGCCUUUCGGGGUGCAGAUCUGCAAACUGGUGCCAUUCAUACAGAAGGCCUCUGUUGGCAUCACUGUCCUCAGCCUUUGUGCUCUCAGCAUAGACAGGUACCGAGCUGUGGCUUCCUGGAGCCGGAUCCAGGGCAUUGGAAUCCCCAUGUGGAAGGCGGUGGAAGUGACCUUCAUUUGGGCUGUGGCCAUCAUCCUGGCUAUCCCAGAAGCCAUUGCUUUCGACUUGGUGGACCUGAAUUACCGCGAACAGACCUAUUGGGUUUGUUUGCUGGCCCCUGAGCAAAAGUCCAGCUUUAUGACGUUUUACAAGGAUGUGAAAGACUGGUGGCUCUUCGGAUUUUACUUCUGCCUGCCUUUGGCCUGCACUGGGGUCUUCUACUCCCUCAUGUCUUGUGAGAUGCUGAGCAAGAGCAAUGGCAUGAGGUUGGCCCUCAACGAUCACAUGAAGCGGCGUCGAGAAGUGGCCAAGACGGUAUUCUGUCUAGUGGUCAUAUUUGCCCUUUGCUGGCUUCCUCUUCAUCUCAGCAGGAUCCUUAAGAAAACCAUCUAUAACCAACAAGAUGUGGACAGAUGCGAGCUGCUUAGUUUCCUUCUGGUUAUGGAUUACUUUGGCAUCAACAUGGCCUCUCUCAAUUCCUGCAUCAACCCUGUGGCUCUCUAUUUUGUUAGCCGGAAAUUUAAGAACUGCUUUCAGUCCUGCCUUUGUUGCUGGUGCCAACGGCCAGCCCUUGGCAUCCUCCCAACAGACGACAAGGGAUCUAUGGGAAAAUGGAAAGCCAACGGGCAGGAACUCGACCGGAGCAGUUCUCGCCUGAGUAACAAGUGCAGUUCAACUUAAGACCCAGGAAGAAAGAAGACGAGGACAUUUGGUUGGAAUUCCAAGAUGGGACUUCUUGGAUACGGGACCUUGGUUUGGGGUAUUCCUCUUGAAUUCAAUUUUCUUCUUCCCCACAGCUGAGCCUUGAUCUCAAUCAUCUGUCUUCAGUCACAGCCCUUUCAAAAAUCCCUGCUUUUUAGCUUAGUUCCUCAGCCUCUGGGUGUUGAAGUCCACAAGUCUUAAAAGAGCCAAGUUUGCAGACCCCUGUUCUAGGGGAUAAUAAACUUGAGAUUUCCUUAGAAGAACACGUCACCAGGAAGCUGAAGAUCUAGAGCAGUGAUGGUGAGCCUUUUUGGCACCGAGUGCCAAAAAAGGGAGCAUGCAAGCGCACGCUUGUCUGGGCCGCAACCCGGAAGAGGAUCUGCCCAGGGCGCAUGCCUGAAAAUGAACUUCCAGUUCCUGGCACGCACAUGUGCACCAGUCAGCUACUCUUCCAGGUUUCUGGCGUGCAUGCACAUGCGAUAAUCAGCUGACCGGUACGCAUGUUCACGCAGGAAAAUGGAAGACCAGCUCUUCCAGUUUCUGGCACUGCCGCUAGCAAAAAGGCCAGCCGAUCGUCACGCACGCACGCCAGAAACCCAGAAGAGGAAUGGGGGACAUCACACAUGCCAGGCGACAUGGCUCCGCGUGCCACUUUGGGUACGCGACGUGUGCUAUAGGUUUGCCAUCACAGAUCUAGAGCAAGACUCAUAUAAAUCCAACUUUGAUGCCGGACUCACUAAUAGUUGGUGGAAUCUUGCUUUGGUAGAAUCCAAGUUAACAAAACCCAAAACCAACAACACGGGUGGAUUUAUCACCGUGAUACACCGUCAGCCACCACAACUUUCAACAUAGUGGAAUCUGAAUCUGGCCAACUGUAUCCUCAAGUUCAAAGUGACACCAAAUCCAAACAAAAGUCCUGUUUGAGAGAGGAGAGUGAGUGCCUCUGGCCCCCAAUGUCAUGAAUCCUGAGAGCAACAUUGCAAUAUUUUACAGAAUUCCCUACAUUUUACCACUCCAGAAACAUGUAUGUAUGUAUGUAUAUAUGUACAUCCCAGUCUCUUAGCGCAGAUAUUCUAGUAAGUUGCCAACCUAUGAGCUGAUUAUAUGUAUUAUAAUCAACCUAUGAGCUGAUUAUAUGUAUUAUAUUGUACUCUCCUAUUUAGAAAGAUUUCUCUGCUUAGGAUACUACAGCAGAUCCUGAAAGAUGAGAUGCUCAGGAAUGCAUCUAAGUUGCCUCUGUUUUGGAUCUUGCUAAUAUUUCUAUCUUUAUCCCUCACCCCUACCCUUUGCUUUCAAAAACAAUGGCUACCCAACCUACCUUCCAUGGAGGACCUGUAUACUGCAUGAGUCAAAAAGAGGGCUGUGAAAAUAUUUACAGAUCCCUCACAUCCUGGACAUAAACUGUUUCAACUCCUACCCUCAAAAUGAUUCUAUAGAGCAUUGCACACCAGAGCAACUAGAUACAUGAACAGUUUUUCCCCAACACCAUCACUCUGCUAAAUAAUAAUCCCCUCAACACUGUCAAACUAUUUACUAAAUCUGCACUACUAUUAAUCUUCUCAUCGUUCCCAUCACCCAUCUCCUUCCACUUAUGACUGUAUGACUGUAACUUUGUUGCUUGUAUCCUUACGAUUUAUAUUGAUAUUGUUUCCUGAUUGCUUAUUUGUAUCCUAUGACUAUCAUUAAGUGUUGUACUUUA